AUGUCCCUUUGCCAUCCCUCUCAGUCCCAGACCGUUUUUCUUCUUUCAGACACCUUGUACAUCAACGGUUACCUACAGCUUCCUGUACUUUGUAGAUCUAAGCAACGUAUGCCCGUUUACCACUCCUCUCAGUCCCUGGCGUUUUUCUUCUUUCAGGAGCCUUCUGACAUCACGGUUCACCACGGCUUCCUGUACUUUAUAGAUUUAAGCAACGUAUGCCCGUUUACCACUCCUCUCAGUCCCUGGUGUUUUUCUUCUUUCAGGAGCCUUCUCACAUCACGAUCUAAGCAAGAUAUGUCCCUUUACCAUCCCUCUCGUGCCCUGGGCUUUUUCUUCUUUCAGGCACUUUGUCCAUUAACGGUUCUCCACAGCUUCCUUCUUUCUUUUUAUUUUCUUCUUUCUUUCUUUUGUCCUGCUCCCAUAAUCAUUUAUUCUUUCUUACUUGUCUUUUCUUUCUUUCUUUCUUUCUUUCUUUCUUUCUUUCUUUCUUUCUUUCUUUCUUUGUAUUUUUCUUUAUGUUAUCUUUUUCGUUCUUCUCUUUUCAUGACUUCUUUCCGUCAUAUCUCCCCUCCUUUUUCAUUUUCCCCUUCCUUUUUCUUUUUCUUUGUUUACUUCUUUCUUUCUUUCUUUCUUUCUUUCUUUCUUUCUUUCUCUCUUUCUUUCAUAAUCAUUUAUUGUUUCUUUCUUUUAUUUUAUUUUCUUCUUUCCAAAGAGCAAAGAGACCUUCUUUUUUUUUCUUUCUCUCUCUCUCUCUCUCUUUUUGCUGGUAGAAAAACGGCUCUUCUAGAUGACGCGUAUACUGACGAGUUGCAAAUCUCUCAUUCGCCACGGAAUGAUGUCCAACGAUCUAAGGAAUGCAUCGAGCGGCACGUCACCGAUCGUUUGACCCAAUAA